AUGGAGGAUUUGCGUAUGGAAGCUUGUAAUUCAACAUCUUCAACCAUCUCCGCCUCCGACGAAACUCCAUCAUGCAACGAAGAUAUCAAUAAUACUCAAGAGAAGAAUAUGAUGAUGCUGAGACAAGAAGAAUCCAAAACGGAUCAAAAUAGUAUUACUCUUGAUUUAAAGCUUUCUACAAAUAAUAAACAUGUAGAGUUCGGAUCGAAAAACCAACCCAUUGAGGUUAAGGAUUCGGGUUUAUUGAGACCAUCGUCUUCAUCCACCGGGAUCAAUAAGAAGAAGGAGACUCCUAGUAGAGUCUUCUUCUGCAAUUUUUGUAGGAGAAAAUUCUAUAGCUCUCAAGCUUUGGGCGGACAUCAAAACGCCCAUAAACGCGAACGUAACUUGGCAAAAAGAGGGCAACCACUGGAUAGUAUUGGAGGUUACGGGUACCCACAAAGUAUCUUGAGCGCGUACUCGUCAUACUCGACUCUCUAUAAUCAUGGAUCUUUUAAUAGAUCUCUUGGUGUUCGAACGCCAACUCAGAAACCUUAUUACCCAUCGCCAUCUCUAGCCGGUUUUCAGUACCAUAACAGUAGUGCGUGGUCUCAACCGGGUUCGUGGUUGAAUCGUCUGGCCGGCCAUCCUGCAACCGCAAUGCCAAGUGCAGCUAGCAGGUUCGAUGGUAUUGCUAGUCUGUCUCCUAAUACAUCAUUCCAAUCACCACCUUUUGGUGCUAUCCCUAGUACUAACAUGCCUUCCACUGCCACCACCACCAACACCAUCUCUUGCAACAGACCUAAUGCCGUAGUUGGUGGUGUUCGUCUUUGGGACGGGAGUCGUGAUCAUAAUUCUGAAACUCAUCAGCAUAAGGUACCCGAGGUUGGUGGUGUUAUUCAUCUUUGGGAUGGCAGUCGUCCAGAAAGUAAUAAGAAAGAGCCAGAAAUUAGUGGUUUGCGUAAUUGGGAUGGUGGUCGUCUUGAAACUAAUCACAAGGCACUUGAGGGUGGAGGUUUUCGCCUUUGGAGUGAUGGCCGUUCCGAAACUCAUAAGAAGGAUCCCGAGGAACCAGGAGAUUUUGAUUUAAUUCUCAAGCUGUAGAGUUUAAUUUUUGUCCAUUUUUCUUAUAUGUGCUGUAAUUCAUUGU